AUGCCAGCCUCCGCCUCUUCAGCCGUUCAGACCAAAGGCAUAUAUCAUGGCCUUCCCGUCUUUCCCGAGUCAAUCAAAGGCCUGACGGCCAUCGUCACCGGCGCAAAUGGCAUCUCCGGCGACCAUAUGAUUCGAGUCCUUGCCGAGUCUCCUGAGCGAUGGACCACCAUCUAUGCAAUGUCGCGGAGGCCACCUGCGGUACCGAGAAAAUGGAAAACAAAAGUCCAUCACAUCCCGUUGGAUUUCCUAAACAGCUCGCCGGAAGAGUUGGCCGAAACCAUGAAGAAGCAUGGAGUGAAAGCGGAUUAUAUUUUCUUCUUUGCGUAUGUGCAGACCGAGCCCAAGGAGGGUGGCGGAGCGCUUCUACGAAGGUUUUUGGACGCUUUGAAGCAAGCAGCUAUCACGCCAAAGAGGUUCAUGCUCCAAACCGGCGCAAAGAACUAUGGCAUCCAUUUAGGACCCACAAUCAAUCCGCAGCAUGAAUCUGACCCGCGAGUCACACUUGAGCCAAAUUUUUAUUAUCCCCAGGAAGAUAUGUUGUUUGAGUACUGCAGGCAGACGGGCGCCGGAUGGAACGUUGUCAGACCAUCCUACAUUCUGGGUGCAGUAAAAGAUGCUGCAAUGAACCUGGCAUAUCCAUUAGGGGUGUUUGCUGCCGUUCAGUCCUAUCUGGGAAAGCCAUUGGUGUAUCCGGGCGAUAUCACCUCUUUCCACGCAGUAGUAGAUUUGUCGACGGCUAUGAUGAACGCUUAUAUUGAGGAAUGGGCGGUGUUGGACCCCAAAGCCGCAAAUGAAGCCUUCAACGCCAGUGACGGCAGCCCGUUUAGUUUUGGUAAGUUCUGGAUCCAGCUCGCGAAGUGGUACGGGGUUGGAUGUGAGCUUCCGGACGAGAAUGUCGCGUACAACACGAUGCAAACUGCAUACGAACCGCCGCCACGAGGAUUCGGUCCACGAGGAACGCAUCGCUAUCGCUAUACCCUGACAGAGUGGGCGGGUCAGCCAGAAGUCCAAGUAGCGUGGAAAGCGCUCAUGAAGGAAUACAACCUUGAAUCAGACCCCAUCAGCAACGAGCAGGAUCGCGCGAGAAUCUUUGGCUUCGCGGACAGUGCUCUCCUCGGCGUCACCGCGCUCCAGUUCAACAUGGACAAAGCGCACAAACUCGGGUUCUUCGGGACGGUCGACACUGUAGAAUCCAUGCGAAAGGUGCUCGAGGAGUUUGCGGAUCUCAAAAUGCUUCCGCCGUUGCCCAAGCCCAAGUCCGUUUCUCUGUGA